GCCCGCCCGCGGCCGAUGAACCCCAUGAACCCCAUGAAACCGUCGCUGCCGCCCACGCCGCACGGUGAUGGUUCAUUUGCAUACGAGGCUGUUCCUUGGCAACCGAGCACCAAUCAGCCGGCGGGAUCCCUCUCCGUGGUAACCACCGUGUGGGGUGUCAGCAACACCUCCCAGAGCCAGGUUUUCGGCAGCCCCAUGGGCCCCGGGGGGAGCAGCUCCAGCACCCCGCUGCUGCCCGGCAUGGCCGGCACCGGCUCGGGCAUGAGCUCGCCGCAGUUCCUGGCACAGCAGCCCUUCGCCGAGGGCGCCCCCGGCAAGAGCUACGUGCAGCAGAGCGUCUACGGCCGCGGCUCCUACCCCGGGGGGCCGGGCUUCGCCCCCAGCUACGCGGGCAGCCCCAGCGGCCCCGGCGGGAUGGGGCUCCCCUCGCACGCCGGCCGGCCCCCCGCCGACUUCACCCAGGCGGCCGCCGCCGCUGCCGUGGCCGCCGCCGCCGCCACUGCCACCGCCACGGCCACGGCCACGGUGGCGGCGCUGCAGGAGAAGCAGAGCCAGGAGCUGAGCCAGUACGGGGCGAUGGGAGCGGGGCAGCCCUUCAGCAGCCAGUUCCUGCCCCACGCGGCGCCCCGCGGCCCCGCCGUGCCUGCCGGCAUGAGCCCGGCCGGCAUGGCGGGCGUCAUGGGCCCCUCGGGCAUGGCCCCCAUGAGCAUGAGCCCCGCACGGGCGCCCGGCAUGAGCGCCCUGUACAGCGGCCAGCGGAUGCCGCAGCACGCCUACCCUGGCCCCCCCCAGAGCCAGCAGCUCCCACGCCAGGGCGUCAAGCGGGCGUACUCCAGCGAGGGAUACCCGGCGCAGCAGUACCUGCAGGGUGGGCAGUACCCUGCUGCCGGCACCCAGUAUGCCCCCAGCGCCCCCCAGCCCUCCGCUCCGUCCCCGUCCUACCCCGGGCACAGGAUUCAGCCGGGUAUGGGCCAGUACCUCUCCGCCUCGGGCAGCGCUGGGCCCUACUACAAGCCAGCUGAGCAGUUCAACGGGCAGGGCGCCAGCUUCGGCACCUACAGCCAGGCGGCCAUCAACGGGCCGGGCCGGUCGAUGCCGGGGUACCCCAGCUCGCCCCUGCCCGGGAACCCCACGCCGCCCAUGACGCCGGGGAGCAGCAUGGCGCCCUACAUGUCCCCGGGCCAGGACGUCAAGUCGCCCUUCCUGCCUGACAUGAAGCCCGGCAUCGCCGCCCUGCACCCCUCGCCCUCGGGGCCCCCCCCCGGCGAGGAGCUGCGCCUCACCUUCCCGGUGCGCGACGGCGUGGUGCUGGAGCCCUUCCGCCUGCAGCACAACCUGGCCGUCAGCAACCACGUCUUCCAGCUGCGCGACUCCGUCUACAAGACGCUCAUGAUGAGGCCCGACCUGGAGCUGCAGUUCAAGUGCUACCACCACGAGGACCGGCAGAUGAACACCAACUGGCCGGCCUCCGUGCAGGUCAGCGUCAACGCCACGCCGCUCACCAUCGAGCGCGGCGACAACAAGACGUCGCACAAGCCGCUCUACCUGAAGCACGUCUGCCAGCCCGGCCGCAACACCAUCCAGAUCACCGUCACCGCCUGCUGCUGCUCGCACCUCUUCGUGCUGCAGCUGGUGCACCGGCCCUCGGUGCGCUCGGUGCUGCAGGGCCUCAUCAAGAAGCGCCUGCUGCCCGCCGAGCACUGCAUCACCAAAAUCAAGCGCAACUUCAGCAGCGGGACCAUCCCGGGCACGCCGGGGCCCAACGGCGAGGAUGGCGUGGAGCAGACGGCCAUCAAGGUGUCCCUCAAGUGCCCCAUCACCUUCCGACGCAUCCAGCUCCCCGCCAGGGGCCACGACUGCCGGCACAUACAGUGCUUCGACCUGGAGUCCUACCUGCAGCUCAACUGCGAGCGGGGCACGUGGCGCUGCCCUGUCUGCAAUAAGACGGCGCUGCUGGAGGGGCUGGAGGUGGACCAGUACAUGCUGGGCAUCCUGAUCUACAUCCAGAACUCGGACUACGAGGAGAUCACCAUCGACCCGACGUGCAGCUGGAAGCCCGUGCCCGUGAAGCCCGACGUGCACGUCAAGGAGGAGCCGGACGGGCCGGCGCUGAAGCGCUGCCGGACCAUGAGCCCCACGCACAUGGUGCUGCCCAGCAUCAUGGAGAUGAUCGCCGCCCUGGGGCCCGGCUCCUCGCCCUUCCCGGCCCUGCCGCCCCCCGCCGCGCCCGCCCCCGCCGACUACGGCGCCCAGGGUUCCGGCUUCGCCGGGCCCGGCGGCUUCCCGGAGCCGUUCCCCCCGGCCGCCCGCACGCCGACGCUGAGCGAGUUCGCGCCGGGGCCCCCCCCCGGCUCCUACCCGCCCGACCUCCCCGGCGGCCUCCUGCCCCCCGAGAAGCCGCCCGCGCCCCCUCUCUCCGGACAGCUGCCUCCCGCCGGCCGGAUGGAGCCGUCCCACGCCGCGGCCAUGGGCAGCGCCCCGCAGCCCCUGCACCCGAACAGGGGGUAA